AUGUCUCGCUCUCUCCUCAUCACAGGCGCCACUGGCAAACAAGGCGGUGCCGCCAUCAGAGCCCUCCUUUCCAAGAACGCUGAUUUCAGACUUCUCGCCGUCACCCGUGACAAAACUUCCCGCUCGGCUCAGAAGCUCGCGAGUCUCUCUCCCAAGGUUACGCUUCUUCAAGGCAACCUCGACGACACAGAUGCCAUCUUUGGACAAGCUAGCUAUUUAAGCAAUUCAUCUCCAUGGGGCGUCUUUAGCGUGCAGGUCCCGAAACGAGGCGCACGCGGUGCAGCUAUAGAACAAGCCCAAGGAAUAUCUCUCAUCGACUCCGCUCUCAAAGCCGGUGUAAAGCAUUUCGUGUACUCCUCUGUCGACCGUCACGGGGACAAGUCCAUCAACAACCCAACCAACAUCCCUCACUUCCUCAGCAAGCACAACAUCGAACACCAUCUCAUCAACUCCACCAAGCCACAGGAUGCCAUGUCCUGGACGAUCCUCAGACCCGUGGCGUUUAUGGAAAAUCUCGACGGUGGUUUCGUGGGCAAGUUGUUUGCCACCGCUCUAAAGGCGAGACUCUCACAGAAGCCCCUCCAGCUCAUUGCCACAGAGGACAUUGGCAAAGUCGCGGCCGAGGCGUUUCUUCAUCCGGAGGAAUACAAAGGAAAAGCGAUUUCACUAGCUGGAGAUGAAGUCAAUUAUCACCAAUUGGCUGAAAUCUUUCGCGAUAAGACUGGAGCUGGAGUCCCCCUUACUUGGAACAUUCUGGCGAGAUUGCUCCUGGCCUCCUCCAAGGAGAUGGGUACCAUGUUUUCGUUCUUUGAAAAGGAGGGAUAUGCUGCGGAUAUCGAGGCGCUGAGGAGACAGUACCCAGAACUGAAAGAUGUGAGGACGUGGCUGGAAACCAGCCCAUAUAUGAAGUGA